GAAGAAGACGAGAAGAACACAAGAAGACGAAUACAAAAAUACAAGAAGAACACGAGAAGCACACAAGAAGAACACGUUAAAAACACAAUAACACGAAAAGAACACAAGAAGAAGACCAGAGCCAAGACCCAGGCCAAGCUGUCACCUCGCAAAUCCCUGACUGCAGCUGAGGUGACGUGACAUGACCCGUGCGGUGGCCCCAGUGGUGACGGGCAUCUCCCCCAUCGAGGGAGUGCCCGGAACCAAGGUCAUCAUCAGGGGGGAGAACCUCGGAUCCCGCCCCGAGGAUCUGAUCGGCCUGACGAUAUGUGGCGUGGACUGCCUCAUGACUGCUGAAUGGAAGACCAGCACCAAGAUCGUCGCUCGCAGUGGCUCAGGAGUGGGGAAGGGUGACAUCAUAGUGACCACUGUCCAGGGCUCUCGGGGCACAUCCACAGUCCAGUUCAGAGGUUACCAGGAGACAAUGGGGCCGCUGAAGGAGUCCGCAGUGUGGGUGGAUGAGACUAUAUUCCUCAACAUGGCCUUUGGGAGGAAGCGGCCUAUGUCCCCAGCCUCGGCCCUGCAGGAUGACCCCCUUGGCCUGUCUGUGGAGGGCCAUGACCGGCGGGUGAUGGAGGAGGAGCUGGAGGAGAUGUUCCCAGGUUGCUCGGGUGACCUCUCCUCCCCCAAAUUCAGCCCGGAGUGGUUCCUGCUGGAGAACCACCCAUCCACCUCCUUCGAUGACCUCAAGGCGGGUCUAGCGUGCCUCAGGAGGAAGGUGGAGGCUCAGAAGGAGGGACAGAUAUCCUUCCUCAAAGCUAAUGUGGGUUCAGUACUGGAGCAGCUGGACACUCUGCAAGAACUCAAGUGCAAGUUUGAGAGCGACAUUCAAGAAUACGGACGAAAUUCAACACAGGUCUUGGAGAAGUCGAUCAUAGAGUGCAAGGAGGAGGCCGACAAACUAUUCGAGGACGUCUUACAGCGAAAGGACCGAGCGGACGGGACCAGGAGCGCCCUCAAUGUGCUCAACCGCUUCCGUUUUCUGUUGUUCCUCCCGGUCAACAUUGAGAGGCACAUCAAGAGGGGCGACUAUGACAUUGUGAUCAACGACUAUGCCAGGGCCAAGAGCCUCUUCGGGGAUAGCCAGGUUCCGCUGUUCAAGCGAUUCUACAGUGAAGUGGAGAAGAGGAUCGAGGACCUUAGAGGCGUGCUGGGGGAGCAGUUGAUUCGAAUGCCUUCCUCCCUGGACCACCAAAAGAAGAUCAUCAGGAACUUGCACCACUUGGAGACACCUGGUGACCCCGCCUGGCAAUGCCUCACCGCGCAGCACGCCUACAUCCUCCACCUCCUCAUCUCCUCCCGCGAUGCCUACCUCAACCGCGAGAUGGCUGACCAUGACCUUGGCUCCAGUGGCAUGGGUGGUGGUGGCGGUGGUGGUGGUGAGACGAGGCACACCACCCCCGCGGCCAAGUACAACAAGAUAAUGAUGUCGUCGAUUGGGGAGUGGCAGGCCACAGCCCCAGUCCGAGUCCUCAUGGUGGAGGAGAUGUGCGAGCUACUCUCAACGAAUUUCCCGGACAUGUGGAAGCUGAGUCAGGCUUACUUCGGGGGGGAGCUGCUACCUCCGACAGCACAAAUCAACCACCAGCAGCACCCCAAAUGCAAGGAGAUGAUCUUGGAGCUGCUGCAUGUCUUCAGUGGGGCCAUGCGGGGUGCCCUCAUGCCCCGCUCCCUCGACCCGGCAGGCCAGAAUUACCGAAACUACCAUGUGUGGCCGGAGGUGUUGCUUGACCAGAUAACGCCGUGGCUGCCGCAGGUCCUUCGGCACGUGAGAGGCUGCUACAACACCCUCCUGACCCUUGACCUCCCCAACGACGCCCUGGAUGUGAUUCGUGACCUCAUUUUUGAUCUUAGGGUGCACUGCCUCACCUCACUCUUCCAGCAGACCAUGGAGCAUGUCUGUGGCCUCUACACACGCGAACAGUGGAAAGUGGAAGUGGAUGAUGAGCAUGGUGGAUGUACACAGCUGCCCCAUCUGUGUGAGAGUGUGAUAGUGGAGUGUGCCCAGCUGGUGCGGGAGACAGUACUGGAGGCAAGCCUGCGGGAGACUCCUCUUCUGGAUCAUCCCACUGUCAGAAGGGACUUGACGACGCUCAUCCAUAAUGUUAUUGUAGCCUUUGCUCAGGCCUUGGAGAAACUCACCCUGAGGGACCCUGAUGAGGACCAGGGGGAGUGUGGGGUGAGCGAGGAUGCGCCGGGUGUGGAGGCUCAGCUGCUCAUCACCCUAAGCAACUGUGCCUUCAUGAGGAGGGUGAUCCUGCCUCGCCUUCAGGAAAGCCUUGUCAAAGCAUCCUACCCACAGGAGGAGGUCAAGGAGGCAGUGGAGCAGGCAGACAGCACAUACUCUGAGCUGCAGGAUAGACUGUUUGAGGCCUAUCUGGAGGAGCGUGUUGACCCCAUCAUUGGCAUGAUAGAGCGCUCCAUGUAUCUUGGCAUGUAUGACUGGGGCAAGGUGGACAGACCCCCCUCAGAAGUCAGGACCUACGUCAAGGAAAUACUCAUCAACAUAACCCACGUCCAUGCUGAGGUUGUCAGGGUGUGGCCCGGUCUGGUGGGGGGGCUGGUGGGACGUGUGGUGGAGGGCGUGGGGGAGGAGAUGGGCCGCCUCAUGGCCUGCGUAAGCCAGUGGUGCCAGUACGGCGCUCUGCAGGCACACACUGACCUGGCUGCCCUCACCUCAGUGCUCCAGGGACACAUAUCACCCACAGCAAGUGCAUCAUUCCAGGAAGCAGUUGAGACUCUUCCCAAGUUAUCACCAGCUGAGGAGAGAUCGAAGGAGGAGAUCCUACACUCCUUCAGAAGCAAGAUGAGGUUCCUUCUGGCCUGCUUUCAUGACCUUGAGCCCUUGACGAAUGGCACUCUGACCCACUCGCUGGCUUGAGGAUAGUGAUGAGUGACUUUUUUUUUUAUCUUCUUUAUCUUCACCAAUGACACCAGUAGGCUUUCUUGAUGGGACCUAGUGGUCAGCCCUGGCCUGUUAUGGUGUAGGCAAGUGUUUAUAGUGGAGCCAUGUGGUGAGCGAAGACUCUAGACUCCUUGGUGAUGACUGUGGUCCCAAGGUUAUACAGUGAGCCAUAGUAUUACAGUUGUAUCAUAUUUCCUUUUUGCUAUAACUAAGUGGCUGUGAGCAAGGGUAAAGAUGGGGGUAUACUCCUCAGCUGCAUGUGGUCUCAGUGCUGAUUUGUCACAAUUGGCCCUUGAGCAACUGUGUGACUGAGUGCUGCAUCAUUAAGAAGAGAUUUUGAUAUUUUACUAUUUGCAGUGACUCAUUUCUGUUGCAAAAUCAAUAAAAUCACACAUCUACACACUUGCAGUGGCAGAGUGAGUACAGGUUUUCCUCGAGUUACGACGUUUGCAAUUUAAAACCACUCACACUUAAAACCAGCCGAUCAAUCCCGAAUCCUGUCAGAAAUUGAGGACUACCCAUACUGUAUUUUUUUUCUUUUUUUCUACUCUUUAGACUUCUGUUAGUGCUCGAUUCUUACAGGCUUGGCUCUAAUAGUGUGGAGCAUGCUGUAGAGUUCUGAUGCACUGUUAUCAGCUCAGCCUCUCAGUUUGCUGUGUAUACUACCUUUUCUUUUGCGUUGAAUGAAUACUAGCCGAAAUUAAGGGCUGGUUUGUGAUAUAUUUUUAUUUACCUAGUUGUGUGUGUGUGUGUGUGUGUGUGUGUGUGUGUGUGUGUGUGUGUGUGUGUGUGUGUGUGUGUGUGUGUGUGUGUGUGUGUGUCAGCCUUUCCUGAUGCUUUGGGGGGCAUGUCUGCUUUUUCGUUCCCAACUGGCGAGCGAAUGCAUGUGUGUGUGUGUGUGUGUGUGUGAGAGAGAGAGAGAGAGAGAGAUUGAUAUAACCUUCCCUUUCUCCAUAUAUAUAAUUAUUUCCUCUGAGAUUCUGCCAAAACAACAUGUCACAUAUGUAAAUUAGUAGAUAUUUAUAGAUGCCUUUUGUAACAUAAUUUUAUGUACUCAGUAACACUUUGGUUGGGCAUAGUACAUGUAUGCAUUAUUGUUAUUUGUUAUCUUCAAAGGAGGUUCUAUACCCCCAUCGAUCUUGAAAGCAAAGUACACCCUCCCAAUAU